AUGGGAGACCAGUCACCCUCCGUUUCAGUUUGCUUCUUUGUCUUUUAUUUACUCAUAAUAUUUCUUCACUUAGCUCAAGUGGAGACCAAACCCCAACCCAAGUGCCCAAAAGAAUUCCUUUGUAACAACCGGAGCAUUCCUACUUUUCCUUUCACAAAUAAAUCACUUCCUGAUUGUGGGUUGUUUAAGUUAGGUUGUAAUGUUGUCUCAAGUAGUCCUCCUACACUAGAAUUAGAUGGUAAGCUGUAUAACACUCUGGCAUUGGGAGAAGGUGAUUUAGUGGUGCUUUCUGACCCAGUUCUUAGUAAUCACUUGAAGGAACGAAGUUGUGAUUCUUUCAAUUGGAACUCAUCUACGUCCUUUACCAAUUCUCCUUCAAUUUCAUUUGAAGUGCCCACAGCCCAAUUCCUUUUCUUGUUCAAAUGCAACCUAGGCUCAUCACACCAUAGGCAACAGAAGAUAGAUGAUUAUUUUAAGGGAUACAAGAGCUACCGUAAAUGUAAAAACUUCACUCUAUACUACAAAGAAAAUCAUCACAUUAUUCCCAGAAACAAAGUUCCUAAAGAUUGUUCGCUUGUUCAAUUGCCAUUUGACAACUCAACCAAAAGCAAUGAUUUAUUUGAGGAAUUAAGUCCUGAGAUUAUUUUCUUUUGGAAAUUGUCCGAAAAAUGUUCAAAGUGUCACGAUAGAGGAGGCCAUUGUCAAACUACUAGUAACAACAAUUUCAAGUGUUCAGAAGAAAAUAGCAAUAUGAUUGGUAAACAAAGAAAGGCGGACGUGAAUGGAAUAACAAGAAAAACUAAUAAGUCCUCAUCAAAAGUGAAGUUGAUACUAAUAAUAGUUUUGUGUAGCCUUGCAUUGAUGAUUUUUAUGAGUUUAGUUGUCAUCUUUGCUCAUCGCCAUUACAAAUCUUCUAAACUUGGCGGUUUCUCAAGCUUCUUUUCAAAACAAGAUGUAGAAAGUAGCAGUAAAUACUUGGGAGUUCCUAUUUUUUCUUACUCUGAACUUCAAAGAGUCACAAAUGAUUUUGAUCCAUCAAAAGAACUUGGAGAGGGAGGAUUUGGAACUGUUUAUCGAGGCAAACUUGGAGAUGGGAGAGAAGUAGCUGUGAAGCGUUUAUACGAGCGAAAUUGCAAGAGAAUGGAACAAUUUGUAAAUGAAAUUGAAAUCCUUACUCGGCUAAGGCACCGCAAUCUUGUAACUCUCUACGGUUGCUCCUCCAGAAACAGUCGCAGCCUCCUCCUCGUGUACGAAUACAUCCCCAACGGAACACUUGCGGAUCAUUUGCACGGUAAAAGGGCAAAGCACAAAUCCCUCACAUGGCCUAUUCGCAUGAACAUUGCCAUAGAAACAGCCAACGCUUUGGCUUACCUCCACGCUUCCGACAUAAUACACCGCGAUGUCAAGACUGCCAACAUCCUUCUAGACUGCAAUUUCACUGUCAAAGUUGCUGAUUUCGGGCUUUCGAGACUCUUCCCCAUCGAUGUCACUCAUGUCUCCACUAUGCCUCAAGGGACCCCUGGUUACUUUGAUCCCGAGUACUAUGAGUGUUAUAAGCUCACUGAUAAGAGUGAUGUUUAUAGUUUUGGGGUCGUUCUCAUGGAGCUCAUAUCGUCCCUACCCGCCGUCAAUAUGGAUAGGGAUUCACAUGAGAUCAACUUGGCAAACUUUGCUGUAAACAGGAUACUAGCAACCACAUUUGAUGCUUUGGUUGAUCCAUGUUUGGGGUUCGGAACAGAUUCCGAGGUUACGAGGAUGACAACUUCGGUGGCAGAGCUGGCAUUUCGAUGCUUGCAACCCAGAAAGGAUUCGAGGCCUACUAUGUUUGAUGUCCUUGACACCUUGUUGGAGAUUCAAGGAGACGAAAGUGGAUUUGCAAAAUGCUCUCCUUCAGGAGAACUAGAAGAGGUUUCGAUGAAGAACAAAUUUGCGACUUCACCAAAUUCUGUGAUUGAAAAGUGGAUUUGCAGCACUAGUACAACUAGAAACAGUGUGUGAAAGCUAAGACU